UUUACAGUGUAUGUGAAGUUGUGUUAUUUUUGUGGCUUCAGAGCGAACACAAUGCUUCAGGUGAUGUAAUGUGUGAGACUGAAGACACCGUGUGUUACGGUGUUGUUUGGACAAACCAUUCAGAGAACCACAUCACUAAAUGUUUAACACCUACAAGUACCAGACUGUAGUUUGCUUUUGUGAAAUAUCUUACAUUACCUUUUACUUAGAAAAACAAGAAUAUUGCUGCCAGCACAGAUUUGAACCAGCAGCUGUAGCAGGAGGACGUAGUGUGGCGUCCACCGGCUGUACCUGCAUCUCUGAAGAAUCUGAUGAUGAAGAGAGAUAUUCGUCUUCUGAAGAUGAGGGAGACAUCCAGAUUGACAUCCUGGAGAAGCAGAGGAAUGAAGCCAAUCAGAAGCUUUCUGAAUUGGAGGAAGUCUCCAACCAGCUCCUGAAGGAGAUUAAUGUGCUGGAGAUGCAGUUCCAGAUUGAGCGCUCGUGUCGGGAGAGCGCCGAGGCGCUGGCUGUCAAGGUGACCAAAGAAAACAAAGUCCUGAAGAGGAGGAGCCAGAUGAUGAUGCCGCUCAUCGCAGAGCUGCCUGAAAACAUGGACGCUGUGCCCUUCGACCUGCAGGCUGACCCCACAGUUAACGCGGAUGUGGUUGAUUUUGGGGAGGAUGCCAGCGGUGAUGAGUCUUUGCUGCUGGAGAGCCAAGCCAAGAUCACAGAGCUGCAGGCGUCGGUGGACGGUCUGCUGGCUGAGAAGCUGCAGCUCGAACAACAAGUAGAGGGUCUGAGCAAAGAGCAGGAGCAGCUCAGACAGCAGCUGGCCUUGGAGGUGGAAGAGAAGGAGGCCUUAAUGAGGAAAAUGAACAAACAGCACAAGACCAUGAACAAAAUCAAACGAGUUUCCCAGCUUGUCACUGAGGAAUUCACAGAACUGUCUCAGAAGCUGCAGCUGGAGGAGGACCUGCGGCAGCACGCCGAAGUCUUCGCCCACCAGAUGUUGGUGCAGCAGAAUGGGACCCAUCCAGAGAUCACCAUGCAGAGCCCUGAGACUGUGGCACAGCUGCAGCAGGCGCUGGAACAAAUAUCCUCCGUCAGCGCAGCCUUGAGCGACAUUCAACACUACUGCCUGCAGCAGAGUCCUGUCAGAGAAUGCAGCGUUCUCCUUGAGCUGCAGAGCCUGAAAGAACAGCUGGAAAAGAGUGAAGGGGAGCGGACGGCCAUAGAAACACAGCUGUGUGUGGCCAACAGCACCGUCACUCAGCUGCAGGAAGAAGUGAAGGAAUUACAGGAAACGCUGACUAGGGAGCGCGCCACUAAUGAAGCAGAGGAGUCCGUUCCUGCUGCGCCUCCUCCUCCUCCACCUCCUCCACCACCUCCUCCUCCUCCAGCCAAUACUGUUAAUUCACUUGAUUUUGUGAGGAGCAGGAGAAAAGACGCCCAAAGGAACACAAGCAAGUCAGUGCCUCCUGUGGACUUGAAGUCGAAAGCAGUGGAUGAAAUGAUAGCGCGGAUAAAGAACGGCAUCAUCCUGAGGCCCGUCAAACAAAUACAGGACAGUGACAGCAUGUGGAAGGACACCAGCAGUGACAGCAGGAAAUCUGCUGUUCUGGAGUUGAAAGGAAUGCUGGACAACAUAAAGCGCCAGCACCGCAGAGUCCCGUCCAGGAGGGGCCUCGGCAGAAACGUGGCGGAUGCAGAGCUUGCGACGGUGCUUCAGAGGAGGAGAAAAGUGUUGGGGGAGAACCAGGAUCAGCCCGGCUUGACCCAAACGCAGGAUCCCCAGCCGGGUUCACAGCGUGUCCCAACAGCGGGUGAUGUUCCCUGGGCCAGCGAGAAGGGCACGGCCCCUGUUCUCCGACGGCUCAAGCAGAACAGAGAGAUGAGAGACUCCCGUAUCAGAUCGUCGGUGCUGAUCCUCAACCAAGAAACCUGAAAGCAGGAAACACACUUCUUUUCACCUUUAAACAUGGCUGCAUUUGUCUGAACCACACUUUUAUUUACUGUCAGGUUCGCUAAUAUGUCCUUGCACUGAGUUAAUUCACAAAAGCACUGCUGCUGUGAUCUCCUACAAUGAAAUGUCAGGAAAGCAGUGGACGCUGGCCUCUGCUGCAAAGGUUAAAAAGAGAUGGAAUUGCAUCUGAUCAAAUAAUGUCAGAUUACAGUUUGCUUUAACCUCCUGACUGUUGUGGAUCACAGGGUUGUAUAUAGUGCACGCAAACAUCAAAUCUCACAUUUAUGACCAAAGAAAAACAAAGAAAAGCGCUUCUCCGAUGCCAUUUAACCCAAGUCAGCCUCAGAAAGCCAGUACUUGUUGCUUGUGAAAGCAUGGGACUUCUCAGCCGUGUUUAAUGUCCAGUCUCUUAUUUUUAUUUUAUUUGGUUGCCAGGCUUUUAGGUGAUCUGAGUGCAAGUAACAGCAUUUUUAAAAAGUCUAUAGAUGAAUAAACCUGAUCCAUUAAAAUCCA